UGCUCCCGAGGGGCGUCGUCGUGGUCGGUCGCGGCCUCAAAAUGGCGACCAAGGCGCCAAAUACGAUUUCGGGAGAGUGAAAGAGAGACCGGCAGCCGAAGUUUGGUGGCACUGACGCUCCGCGGCGGCAUGGACCCCUCGGCCUGCAUGAAGUCGCUGCUCCUGGCGGCCUCUCAGUACCGGGCGGCUCGCACCCAGCCCAACGCGGCGCUCCUGCAGCGGAGCCUGGAGGUCAUCUCAGGACUGAAGCUGACAAAAUUCUUUGCUUCAAAUCAGAUUUUACCAAGUGAAUGUCUGAGCUGUUUAGUAGAGCUGAUUGAAGACCCAAAUAUAAGCCCAUCACUAGCCUUGAGUGUUGUGGGCUUGCUCUCUCAACUAGUUCUAGACAAUGAGACCAGAGAAGCUCUUCAGAAUACUUACAAUCUGUGUAGUGUUCUGGCAGGUGUGAUUCUUCGAAGUCCUAGCAACCCUAUUGAACCAAUAUUACUCCAGAGUGUUCAACUGCUUCAGAAAUUGACCUAUACUUCAAGAGUAUUUCACACAUGUGCUCAUAUUGAUGACUUGGUUUCAUUCCUUUUGAAUCGUAUCCAGUCUGCCGAAGAUGAGUUAACUAUACCAUGCCUGGGGCUUUUGGCAAAUCUGUGUCGACAUAAUCUUGCCAUUCAAACGCACAUCAAAUCAUUGACCAAUGUGAAGAGCUUCUAUCGCACUCUGAUCAGUUUUUUGGCUCACAGUAGUCUAACAAUGGUCGUAUUUGCACUUUCAAUAUUAUCAAGUCUUACAUUAAAUGAAGAAGUUGGAGAAAAGCUUUUUCAUUCCAGAAAUAUUCAUCAGACUUUCCAAUUAAUAUUCAACAUUCUUGUGAAUGGGGAUGGAACACUAACAAGGAAAUAUUCUGUUGAUCUGCUCAUGGACCUGCUGAAAAAUCCAAAAAUUGCAGAUUAUCUUACAAAGUAUGAACAUUUUACCUCCUGCCUAAGUCAAGUAUUAGGCCUCCUUCAUGGGAGGGAUGCUGAUUCAUCAGCUAAGGUGUUAGAGUUACUCCUUGCCUUCUGUUCGGUAACAGAACUUCGUCAUACUUUGCGUCAAGCAAUAUUGGAACCAAAUAAAGCAAGCAGUGGAAGUUCAAGACUUGCAACUCGAUCGAAACCUUCAGAGCCAUCUGUUGUCUUAGUACAUUGGUCAAACCAACCAUUGGAAGCAUCUGAAAAAUGCUCAAAUCUGGCCUUGGAGCUGUUCAAAGAGAUACUUGAGGAUGUCAUAGAUACCGGUAAUAGUACUACAGCCGAGCGCUUUGUGGAUCUUCUCCUGCCUGUUCUCCUUGACCAUCUUCAUUGCCCAGAUCAUACAAUGGAAGAUGUGUUGGCAAAGAAGAAAUGUGAAAGAAUGAUCAGAGCCAUUGAUAUCUUGAUAACGCUUUGUGCAGAUGACAUGCUAAAAAUGUAUGUUACUAAAGUUCUCACAACUAGCAAAUGUACAUCUUUAAUUGAACACCAGUUUACAUGCAAUGAGGUUGACUUUGGCUUUGGAGCAAAAGUAAUGGAUACUGAACUGAGUAAGCUUGCUGCUGAUCUAAUCCUAAAAAUGCUAGAUCUCAUGAGCAAGCUUAAGCAGUUGGUACCUAAUAUGGAAGUCAGCUUUUAUAAAGUUCUUCAAGAUCAGCGUCUGGUUACGCCUUUGGCAUUUGCUUUAACAUCAGAUCACAGGGAGCAAGUGCAGGCUGGACUCAGACUAUUAUUUGAAGCAGCACCAUUACCAGAUUUUCCCGCCAUAAUGCUUGGUGAGAGUAUUACAGCUAAUAAUUCGUACAGACAACAGGAAGCAGAGCAUGUAUCCAAAAGAAGCCACAUGCAAACAUCCCUGACCUGUGUUAACUCACUGAAGUGCUCUAUUAGUUGCCCUCCAAAUGAUGAUGUUGAGAUGCACAACGUUCAGGAACUGAUAGAGAAACUCCAGUCUGGCCUGGAGAUGAAGGAAUCAGUCACAGACAUAAGGAUUUCUGAAAUAAUGGAUGUAUAUGAGCAGAAAUUGUCUGCAUUAGCAUCUAAAGAAACAAGGUUGCAGGACCUUUUGGAAGCAAAGGCAUUAGCUCUUGCUCAAGCGGACAGGCUUAUUGCUCAGUAUCGUUGCCAGAGAGCUCAAGCUGAAACAGAGGCUAGGGCUCUUGCUUCAAUCUUGAAGGAUGCUGAACGAAAAAAUGAAGAUCUUGAGGCAUUGUUAAAAGCACAGCAAGUAGAAUCUGAACGGGCACAAAGUGAUAUUGAACAGCUCUUUCAACACAAUAGAAAGCUCCAGACUAUAGCUGAAGAGCAUGAGCUACUAAAAAGAUCUUCCAUUGACCUCCUUCAAAAGUAUGAAGUAAUAGAAAAGCAAUAUAAUGAUAUGCAGCUGAUGUGUAAUUCAUUGAAUAAACAACUUGAGAACAUAAAAAAGCUGAAUGAGUCGCUCAAGCAACAGAAUGACAAAACUGCUGCUCAAUUGAUGGAAACAGAAGAGCAAAGAAAAGAACUGCACAAACAGUUGCAAGACAAAGAUGCAAAAAUAUCAAGUCUGCAACAGAAGGCAAAGAUUCAGGAAGAAAAAUUGAAAGCCAGGCAGAAGGAAAAAGCAGAUAUGGAGGAGACCAUAGACAUCCUUAGAAAAGAACUGAGCAAAACAGAACAGGCAAGGAAAGAACUUAGCAUUAAGGCCUCAUCUUUGGAAGUCCAGAAGUCACAGCUGGAAGGGCGAUUGGAAGAAAAGGAGUGCUUGGUCAAACUCCAGCAGGAAGAACUGAACAAACACUCUCAUAUGAUUGCAAUGAUACACAGCUUAAGUGGUGGGAAGAUCAGUUCAGAGACUGUGAAUCUCAGUUUAUAGAAUCUGAUUCCUUACAGUAAUGUUUCACUAAAAAGAGGCAAUUAAAGUAAUGUAUGCUUUCAUGAAUGCUGUGUAAAAGAAAUCCCAGUUUUGUAGAGAAUUGCCACAUAUAAAUAUAUAUACGUAAUAAUUAAAUAACAGGUUUUUUGAAGGAAAUUGGCCCCAAUAACUUCAUAUGACACUGAUGCUCACAGUGUGAGGGCCGUGUCAUACAUUUUAAAAGGGGCAAAGUCAAAUUGUUGCCAAUACACAUACUGUCACAUAUAAUGGGAAUUGGGGCAGGGUGAGUGAUAGUCCACUUUCAACUGAUUUUACCUUUAUCAAUUUGUAUGUUGAUUUUUUAAAAAAUGGCUUGUAUAUAGAAUUCAACACAGCACAAUCCAUCUAUCUAACAUAAAUGCAGAGAUGAAAUAGAAAUAGGCAAAAGCAAUGUAUAUAUGAAAACAUAUUUUUUUGUAAAGUUGUAUUGUCCAAUCUUAAUUACAACAGAAUGAAUUGAACGUGCCUUUAAAAAUAUCGCUGCCUAAAUACUGUUUCUUGAAGAAAUUUAAAAAAAUGCCAAUACUCAUGCUUAUUCAGUUCUGUAGGUUUCUGAAAAUAUCUUACAACUUUAUCAAGCAUCCACACAUUAUUGCUAUUCCUUUUUGGUCUAGUGUUUUAAAUCUUUGUUCAAUUUUUAGUACAUUUUGAUAUAACAAAAAAGCACAAUUCAUGCACAUUUAAACCAUUGUAUGAACAUUUUUAAAGUAACAAUUUUAAUGAAAAGGAUAUACUUAAAAGCAAAGACGUGAACUUUGCUAAGGUAUACUCUGUAUGGCGCCUGUGCAUUUUAAUGAAUGAAACAUGAUGAUAAUGGGAGGCAUUAACAUUCUGAAACUCUUAGUACUAAAUCCAUUUAGAGUGCAGUGAUGUUGAGCCAAAAUGUCAACAAAUGUUUUUGUACUUUGUUUCAAGCUUCUGUUGUUUCAUUCUUGUGCCCAAUAGGUACAAUUGAUGCUGUCAAUUAUAUUUUUGUGAGUGUGUCCUUUAGUGUCUCCAACCCAAUGGAAGUGUUAGACAUUUCAAUGAAAUAUUUAUUAUUUGUAGUUGUUCUUUUAUCAUUUUUGUUGUCAAUGUCAUCAUUUGUGUCUGAGAAGAAAAAUAAAAAUGUAAUUCCCAAA